AUGGCCAAGUUCUUCCUCCUCACGACAGUCCUCGCACUGAUCUCCCUCGUCCACGCUCAAUGUGGCUCCGGCACCCCAGAUGCCAGAGUGACUGGAUCGGGUAGUUCCUUCACUGCGACCAGGGGCUCAAGCACAGUCUAUACGGGCUCCGACUACCGCGCCGCGAUCCAAGCCGCAGUUGACUCAAUUAGCAGCGGACAGCGCGUCUCUGUUAUCGCAUCGGGCUCGAUUGGCGCGAAUACCAUCACUAUUGGAAGUGGCAAGACGUUCGAGGGUUGCGGUACUAUCAAUGUCGCUAAUAGGAGCGGGCGCGGUGCCAUCGAGGUUCUGAACACUGUUGGCACCAAGAUCCCCUAUCUUACCAUGACCGGAAACCCGUACUUUGGCUUGCGCUUCUAUGGCACACGUGACUUGGUGCUGGGGCAGAUCACCAUGAACCUCAGCGGCGGUUUGGGCAUCCGCUUCGACCGAGAUCAAGCUGCAAACUCCAACGUACAGAUGGGCGUCAUUCGCGUGACUGGAGCUAGCAGCCACGCGGUUGAGACAUGGAAUAUCGACGGUCUGAAAAUUGAUCAAGUCAUCGCGCGCAACGUUGGCGAGUCUGGCCUGCUCCUGCAGAACACCAUAAAUGCGCAGGUGAACCUGGUGGACGGCGACAACGUUGGUGCGGGCACCGGAUAUGGUACCCUUCGAUUUGCCAACCGGAACGGCCGCAACGCCAAUGGCAACUACAACACCAACGUCUACGUGACCAAGGUGGUUUCCCGUGGAGGCGGUCGUGGCGUCUUCUGCGUCUCAGAGUCUGGAGGAGCUGUUAUCGAGAGCGUCGACCUCGCCAACAACGGCAACAAUGCGAUCCUCAUCGAGAACUGCUACAACGUCUCCAUCCGUGGGGGCACUGUUAAUGGAGGCGGCGAGGUCCGUGUUUCGGCUCGCACCGAGUUCGCCAACACCCGGGACCUGUGGAUCACGCUUCGUGUGGACGGUACCACAGUCCGCGAGUCGCCUUGCGCUGACAACUCGAACUGGACGCUCUCGGGCAACGGUGCCCGGAACAUCUGUUAG